AUUAAAUCUUUUAUACAAAUAAAUGUCUUUGGUGUUGGAAAAGGCUGAUUCAUUCAGACACAUUAUUCGUAUAUUGAAUACAAAUGUUGAUGGAAAAUAAAGACUUGCAUAUGGUAUUAGAAGUAUCAAAGGUAUCGGAAGAAGAUUCGCAAUCUAAAUUUGCAAGGUAUUUAAUGUUGAUAAAUAUGUAUUAUAGGUACUCCGUCUUGAUCUUUCAAAGAGAGCUGGUGAAUUGACUGAUGAUGAAGCUCAUAAAAUCACAGAAGUCAUCAAAUCUCCAGAAGCUUAUAACAUUCCAAGAUGGUUUUUAAAUAGAUAAAGAGAUUUCAAGGAUGGCAAAAAUUAUUAAGUUACAACAAAUGAAUUAGAAACCAAAUUAAGAGAAGAUUUAGAAAGAAUGAAGAAAAUCAAGUAUUUUUAUUAAUUAAUUAAUUUAAGGUGUAAUCGUGGUUUAAGACAUCACUGGGGAUUAAGAGUUAGAGGAUAACACACCAAAACUACUGGUAGAGGAGGAUAAACACUUGGAGUUGAAAGAAAGAAGAAGUGAUUAAUAAUUUAUUAAAAGUACAUUAAAAAUAAUAAAUGGAUAAA